AGGACGGAGCGGGGCGCGGGCGCGGGCGCGCUGCCGCCGGGCGCGCCGCGGCCCAUGGCCGCGGCGCUCGGGCCCGAGUCCACCCUGGUGGCGGUCGAGGUGGCGGAGCAGGUGAGGGCCUACGACGAGCGCUUCCUGCACGGCUCCCGCGCGCUGGCGGCUGGGCACGCCGGCGCGGCCGAGGCCCAGGCUCAGGCCUUUGGCCGCCGCGACGGCACCGGCGUCGAGGCGGUGCACGACGUCAUGCCCGCGGAGCGCGAGGCCUUUGAGCGCUUGGUGGCCGAGGCGGCGCGCGGCAAGCGCCUCGAGGGUACCGGCCUGGAGGAGCCGCUGCUCGUGCUCGAUUUUGGCUGCGGGGACGGCCGGUACCUGCGGCAGUACCUGCGGACCGCGGAGGCCCUGGGCAGCAGGGGUGACGGAAGGCCCGGCUGCAGGCUCCAGGUCGUCGCCUACGACGUCUCGGUGGAGGCGUUGCGCAGCUUCUCCUCGCGCGCACGAGCGGCCGGCCUGUCCGAUGCGUCCGAGGCGGCGGCGGCGCCCUCGCCCGAGCCACCGGGGUGUCCGGGCUCGGAGCGGCGCGGGCUCGUGGCGCUGCGGGGCGCGCAGCUCGAGGUUGAGUUUGCGCUGGGCGGCGGGGGCAUGGAUGUGCACACCGUUGAGGGGCUCCUGCGGGCACGCCACGAGCUCUACGACGUGAUCGUGGUGGGCUGGGGCACUCUGUCGUGCAUCCCAAACACGCCCUCUCUGAGCGCCAUGGGGCUUCUCGAGCUCUUUGCGCGCGCCGGCCGGCACGUGAUGAACGUGGCCUCGACCACGAACAACCACGUCCGCUUCCAGCGCGAGUACGCGGCCCGCCGCCGCGCCGCCGCAGAGACGGACUUGCCAGAGGCGCGGGCGUGGCUGCAGGGUCUCCUGGGCCUGGCGACGUUCGAGGGCUCCUAUUACUACCCGGUCGACACCGGGCAGCGCAUGUUCUACGCGGCCGUCACGGCAGAGCAGGAGGUGGCGCGACUCGCGGCCGCCGGGUUCGUCGGCGUGGAGGUGCGCAUAUGCAACAUCAUCAACUUCUUCGACAUCCUCACCAAGCCGCGGGCGGCGAGGCUGGACGCCGCGGUGGCGCGGCUGCUGCAGCGGGGGGACCUGUGGGGCGCGCAGCUGCUGCUCUCGCGCGGCGUGGCCCGCGCGCUGGAGCGGCCGUUGUCGCAGCUGCGGACGAGCAGCUGCAUCUUCGACGCCUCCUCCCCGCUGGCGUCGACUGCCCAGGUGGCGAGGUACUUCAUCUCAACGGGCAGAGGGACAAGCCCCGCUCGAGGCCGAAGACCAGGAGCGGCCCCCACGGGCGAGGCCACCUCUUGCGCCGCGGAGCCUGCCGACGAAAGUGUGGCCCCGCCCGCCACCCCUGUCCUCGCGUGCAAGCGCGAGAUGGUCCUCCUCCUCCUCCUCCUCCUCCUCUUCCUCCUCCUCCUCCUCCUCCUUCUCCUCCUCUUCCUCCGCCUCCUCCUCAUGGUCGUCUCACCCCAUGGAUAACGGGCAUCACCGACAUGGGUCUCGACAUUACGGGCAUUACGGACGCCAUCGCAUGGGGCAAGGAUGUCUUCUCCCCGGGCAAGGUUCAGUGGUCAGUGUAGCACUUGAUCGGGCGGGUCUUCAGGCGAGUUCGCCGCCUAGAACACGAAGCGCUGUGUCAUCACUAUCCAGUCGCCCUUCGACGCCGCCUGAAGGUCAUGCGCGCUGUCUCCCGAUCUGCCUAUAUCGUUUCUCUUCAAGAGUCCCACGGCGAUCAGCCUGCGGUCAAACGAGGUCUGCCAGCACGCAGGCCUACUAACUCAUCAAGUGUUUGCGUCGUACGCCCCAG